UGUCACAGCAGAGCAUAUGGGCAGGGUGUGCAGGAAAUAAGUGACGGAAGACCUACAAAUACAUCUAAAAUAGGAAGAGAUCACUGAGUCUGUGGCUCUGUAAGACGUAUUGAAGAUGCAAGAUACUUUGCUUCGAGUGUUUGUGGUGGCUCUGGGUCUUCUUACGUAUCCAAAGGAUGACCCCAGGGUUGAGGAGAGGGGUGAUAUCACCACAGUGAGCAUGCAAAAGUAUGAAGAAAGGCUGCUAAAAGAAAGCGAUAAACGGGACCUCAAAAUGGCACCUGUUGAUGAGGAAGUGAUACAGCAAAACCAAUCAGUCUUAGAAGAUGCCACUGUUAGUAAACAAGAUUCGGAGGAACACAGUACUGAUGGCAAAUUACCAGAAGGGAGGCACUUUAUGACAGCCUCAGACCUGAGUCUGCCACAGAGCUCCAAAACUGAACCCGAGACUGUGUUCGACUCCAAAGAACAAGGGUCACAUCUUCAGAUCAAGACAUCAGAAAAGGAAACUUCAGAGAAGGCCAUUGUUGACUGGGAGAGGGAUUACCUCUGGUACAUAUGGAACACGUUCUCCAUUAUUUCCAUGAUCCGCUUGUUUAAGAAGUUCCUCGGGGGUACUACCCACGUUAAACAUGAAGAAACCAGGCCUUUCCCAGUGACCUACAAAGCUAAUGAACUGCCACUACCAGACAGCGACACUCUGCGACGAUUUCACUCUAAAUGUGUUAAGGCCUCAUCUGAAAAGAAGUGGAAGGAUGAUGAGUUUUUGGAGGGGUUUGCAGGUGAUCUAUUGGAUGCCAUGAAGACUGUCUGUGAUAGAAAUGGUGGUAUGGUGAUGGAGGACUUUGAGAUGGUGGACAUAUGUGAUAUUAUUGUCCCCUUUAGCCCAUCUGAUCCGUACAGUUUUCAGUGUCUGCUCUGGAACAACCAAGCAAGUGACCUUUUGCCAGAUAUGCAAGUGUGUGGUCAAAUAAAACUGGUGGAAAAUAAAGUCCAAAAUGGCUGCAGUUGUCAGUCUCCUAAUGCAGAUGAUAUGGUUUGCUUGCUGCACUGUGAGACUGAGAAAGCACAGGUGAAAAUUACUGACGCUUGUGAUGGCCUUCUUUGCAUGAAAAACUCCCCAUACCUGUCAAAAUCGCAGGUUACCAGAUGGUUUCAGAGCACCAUCAAACAAGCAUGGGCACUCAUUUCACACAAGUAUGAGUUUGCAUUGAACAUUCCCUACAUUGACGCUCCAGGUGCUCUAGUAGUUCGAUUCAGAUCGGGCAGGAAGAUUACUUUCACCAUGAAUCCUGUGGUUAAGUUCAACACUGAUGCUUAUUUCUUCAUUACAUCUUGCUCCUCAAACAACUUGGAUACUUUCUGGACCCUCUCCCUGACCAAAUAUGAAGAUCAUUUCUUAGAGCACAUGUCUAAACACCUGCCUGAGAACACAUGCCACAAUCAAACUCUUGAAAUUGCACAGUUCCUUCUCAAGAGACAGUCUGCAUUCUCAGGAAGUAGUGCUCUCAAGGAUUUUCAUUUUAAAACUGCAAUUAUGCAUUUGCUUUUGACCAAAGACUCAUCACAGUGGAAACCCAGCUAUGUGGCUUGUAGGCUACGAGACUUGUUGGAUUUCAUGGAGAAAAGCCUUGAGAAAAAGCUGCUGCAUCAUGUGCUUAUUGGGAACCCUUUAACUCAGAAGGUUAUUGAACUCCCUGCUGAAUUUACUCAAGCAAAGACUGUGAAUCUCUUCCAUCCCCUUGUGGUACACAACUGUAUCUACAGAGAUGCCAUCAUGCAUUUUCAGGAAAUGCUUAAAAAUGCACACAUGCUAAUACAUGAUUAUGUUGAUCGGUGCAAUGACAGUACCAAAUGUUUCAUUUAAAAAAAAAAACAAAACAAAACAAAACAAAAAAAAACAAAAAACAAACAUGCUUUGAAGAGUUAAAUUUAUUUGUAAUA